UCUUUUCUGGAAGGCACCCCUCUUCUCCAUCAUUUGGUUUGCCCCCUUGGGUAGGAACUCAGUGGGGGCACCGGAAAACAUGGGGAGGGGCACAGAAGGGGCAGAAUGCAUAAUUCCGGGCAGACCAGGUGUGCGAAUUGUGUCCUACUGUGUUAAAUUCCUGAAAGGGGCGCGGAGGGGAGGCGAACUGCUUGUUGGAGACGGGCUUAGAGCCCCGUUCCUGGGGCCGCCCUUGGCGAGUGCCUCUGAUGCUGGGCGGGAGCGCGCGCGGGGGGCCUGCGGGGCGCAAGCGAGCCAGGAGGCAGCUUCACCCACGCGGCCGCUUCGAAGACCGACGGCAGCAGAGGAGGGCGAGGCGAACAGGGGGUGGGGGUGGGGCUUGGGGGGCUCCGGCCCCCUCCUUCCUGCCCCCCUCCUCCCACCCCAGGGAAGGGAUUCCCCGGCGGGAGGGGGUGCCCCGGGGGAAUGCCCGGCGGCCGGUCCCGCCCCUCGAGGGAAGCGAAAGAGCCUGCCGCCUCCCUGCCGGCUCAGCUUCUCUCUCGCCCGCCCGCCCGCCCACUGCCCAGUCGCUCCGGGCCGACGCCGCGAAGGGACUGGAGGCUCCGCGGCGGGCGAUGGUGCGGCGGCCGCCGCGAUGUUCCGGGCGCCUGGCGGUGAUGCUCUUGGCGCUCCUGCGCUGCCUUCGGGCGGGACACGGGGCGCCCACCCUGGCUCAGCCGGCGCAGGUGCGCUUCGCGGCCCAGACCUUCAGGCACCAUCUGCUUUGGGAGCUGCCCGCCGCCCGCCCCCACGACGGGGUCCUCUUCUUCGAGGUGCAGUACAGGCGGUACAUGGAGGUGAAGUGGAUUCCUGCUGCCAACUGCACCCGGAUCGCCCGCUGUGCCUGCGACCUCAGCGCCCAGACCUGGGAUCCCCAGCAGAACUACUAUGCCCGUGUCCGCACGCUGGCCGGGAACCAGACCUCCGACUGGACCCUGUCACCCCGCUUCGACCCCAAGGAUGCUGCUCUCUGGCUGGCAGGCAUGAGCCUCUCCCUUGAGGGAAACACCAUCCAUGUGUCUCUUCGGCUUCCCACCAGCAGGGAGAGGAACAUCACCUACGAAGACGUCUACCCCACCUGGAGGGAGUUCCAUGCCCAUAUCCGGAGGGUCUCCGAUGGCGCCAAGUUUGUGCAUGUGGACCACAACCCGGAGUUUUGCCUCCCGCCGCUGUCGUGGGGGGAGCAGUACUGCGUCAGUGUGAAGCCCCAUGUGGCCUCCCGGUCAAAUCCUGCCCAGCUGACCAAGGAGCAGUGCCUCGCCAUCCCCCCCAUGGAAGGAGGCACCAGGAGCAUGGUCUUCUCCAUCCUGGGGAUGGCACUCCUCAGCCUGGGGGUCCUGGGCGCCCUGGGCAUGGCCUUGGCCUGUGCCUAUGUGAGGAAGUCCAGGGAGACGCCCGCCCUGCUGAAAUCUUUCCUGGAGCGCCGCUCCCCCUGCGUGCUGGACGGGCUCCUCGCUCUUGAGACGAGAGACGUGAUCCUGUGCCUGGAAGCGGACUCCACCCAGCAGCUCUCCAUGGGCACGACGACGGGCCGCGCCAACACCCACAGCACUGCUGCUGCACCACCAUCUCCCAAGAGGAGCUGCUGGUUGGCAGCCCUGCUGGCCGAGGGCAAGCAGGAGGGCCUGGGGCACCGGGAUUCCAUGGACAGCAGCACGGACAGCGGCAUCUGCCUGCAGGACUCCCCCUCGGGCAGCCUGAGCCACCUGCUGAGUUGCAGGAGGCUGUCCCUGGGCGGCAGCAGCAGCGAGGAGGAGGAGGAGGAGGAAGGAGAAGGUGCCCAGCAAGGCAGCAGUGGAGGACACAGGCCUCCUCCUCCUCCGGGGGAGGAACAGCUGCUGCACACGGCAGAGGAAGGGGACACGGACACGGAGGAGAAGCUGGAGCCAGUGGUGGAGCCAGCACCCCAGGCACACUUCUCUGGGUACCAAAAGCAGCGGGGGGGCCCCUUGGAGGCCGUGAGCUGCGCCUGGCCUCCCCCCGACACAGAGGAGGGGGCCCCCUCCCAGCCUGGCAGGACUACUGGCUAUUUGAAGCAGCUGUCUUUUGUGGGCCCCUGUCGCCUGGGGGACACAGGCAUCACCCAGGACUUGCUGGUCAGAAUGGAGCAGGGGCCGCUGCAUUGGCCGGCCCACUUGCCCCUGGAUGGCCGGGGCCCCUUGGGAGUGCUCCCUGAAUUCCCCCAGACUCUCUUGGCACUGGGCUUCUUUGGGCCCACUCCUCUGAGCCCUUCCACACCCUCUCUCUCCUGCGCUCCGGAACACACCCCAGGCCCCCAAACCGCUCUCACUGCCAGGCAUCUGGACUGUCCCCCCAUAACCUGAGUCGCUGGGUGAUGCCACUCGGCAGGAGCCCUGCAUGGGCAGUGGGAGAAAACCCUCUGGAUUGCCUGGCCUUUGCGGGAGGCGAUGGAGCCUGAGCACGGACCGUGGACCCCAAAUCCCCACUGGAGUUGGAGCGAAUCAGCCGGGCCGAUGCUUUGGCAUGAAGGUCAAUGGACACGCUUCAUUCUGGCCGCAGAUGUUUAAAGAACAGUGGGGUUGGUUUCCAAUGGCUGGGAGGGGAGCAGCGGAAGGAAGGAAUGAAGGAAGGUCACCCCUUUGUGAACAGGUGUGUAGAAGCGGAAGGCUCUGGGCCAUGAGAGGAGGCGGCAGUGGGGAGUGUCCUAGUGGGGCCCAUAAGCCCAUCUCGGAGGCUGCUGCUCUCGGCCUGAGAGCUGGACGCUGCUCUGGUUUCCCUUGGUGCUUCUCCUUUCCUCCAAAGAGCUCAGGGUGGCAGUCUGGGGGUCCCUGGGCGGGGCCCCUGCCAGCCCUACUUUGCUCCAGAGGGGGGAGUGUGUGGGAGCCACAGGUCCAGAAAUCAGAGAGGGGGAGAGAGGCCACGCCAGGCCGUGACUCCCCCAGGCGGGUCCAGCCGCUGACGGCAGUCAGAGGCCCUCACACAUCCUCAGGCUCAGAGCAGAAGCCAGGGCCCCCCUUCUUAAAGCCAGGGGGCGGGGGGGGAGCAGGCAGCUGUGCCCUCCACUCCCAGCGGCCAGGUGGCUUUGCAGCGCAACUGCUCUCCUCACGGGUGCACUGCGCGUGGCCCUGAAGUGCCAGAGAGACGUGGCCGACACAGCCAAUGCUCAAGCCUGGGCGCUGCUCUGGGGCUUCAUGAGGCCUGAUCCUGGCAGCGACUACACUCCUCUCAGGCGGGAGGUGCAUUUUCCCAGCAUCCCCCCACCCCCACACUCAGCUCCACUCGGUCUGUGUAAGCAGACAGGCCUUUCCUGCCGGAGGAGGACUUUCCUUCUUGUUCCAGCUGCCUGGAGGGUGGGAAUGUUGACAAGCUUUUGUAGACACUAUUUAUUUUAUUUAUUAUUUAUCUAAGUGUGUGUAAAACUUCUUAUCAAUGCAUCUCUGUGGGGCUUUCGUUUUGUAAAAGACUGCCUUGCCACCCGG